UAUGUAAAGUUGUUUCUAAUAAAGUAAGGAGAAGGCAAUAAAGGAAAGUAGGUAGAAGUUAAUUUUUCCACAGAAAUCUUAAUUUUAAUUAGAAAUCGCUACUGCUCACAUUUCUGCAUGAACCUUGUGUAGUCUUCCUCCUUGUGGCUUUAGGGUCACUCACUGAAGACCACGGGAGGUGUCUGGGCUGGCGUGCAGACUAUAAACUUGUACAAAGUGUUUGUGGUGGCACGUUUCUAGCCAGGGAGCCUUUUUCUCCGAACAUGAUUUCUACGUCUUUGCUUCGAGCUGUUUAUUGUACAAACAGGCUGCAUUGCCCCCCUGGGAAGCGACUGCUUUUGCUCCCGCGGGUCCCCCUUAACAAAGCCUGUCUCAGGACGUGGCCAUGUUUGAGGUGGGGGCUGCUGGAGCAAAGGGAAGUUGUACUGCAGCCCAGACGCAUCCUUAAGGUUACUCAGAAAGCCAUCUGGACUCAGGAAAACAGUCCCCUGAAAGCAGAAGAAGAGGGCAGCAAACAAGUGUCUGUGCAGAAAAGUCAAAGAGGAGGACCUGCUCUUUCAACUUCACAGAGAGUGAAAGAAGCUGGAAGAGAUUUUACCUAUUUAAUAGUAGUCCUUAUUGGAAUCAGUGUCACAGGUGGCCUAUUCUACGUGAUUUUCAAAGAACUUUUCUCAUCUUCCAGUCCUAGUAAAAUUUAUGGAAAAGCUUUAGAAAAAUGCAGAUCUCAUCCAGAGGUAACCAGUGUUUUUGGUGACUCCAUUAAAGGUUAUGGGGAAACAACAAGGCGAGGUAGAAGACAGCAUGUCAGUCAUAUUGAAUAUGUAAAAGAUGGACUAAAGUACAUGCGUCUGAAAUUCUACAUUGAAGGCUCAGAACCAGGGAAACAAGGAACUGUGCAUCUUGAAAUGAAAGAGAAUCCAGAAAGUGGCAAAUAUGAAUUUCGCUAUAUAUUUGUGGAUGUUGAUGUCUAUCCUAGAAGAACCAUUGUUAUUGAAGAUAAUCGAUCCUUAGAUAAUUAACUAAAAGAAUCAAAUAACUCUGAUAUGUUCUACUAUGUCACAUAGCAGAGAAUCACAACUCUCAUGAUUUUUAUAGCUCCCUUUGUGAGACGAUUAUGAAUAGGACAUAAAAGUGGAUAUAAAAUAAUGAAGAAUGUAAGGGGAUUUGUGUGGUAUUAGAAUGAUAUUACAGAUCUUCAUUUGGGCAAAAAAAAUGAAAUAAAGUACAUCUGUAUUUGA